GCACCGAUGAUACCUGUUCCCGAACUCGCUUCAACACGAGAGUUCCACCCACGUGUACUUCUAACCACGCCGCCCCUCGGCCUAACGCACUUCUCGCGCCCACCCCUCUCCGAUGGCUCCGUCCUCCAAUCUCAAGCAGUCCUCCAUGGACUCCUUCCUUCAUCACCACCACCACCACGACAGACCAAACCCCACCGCCAUCUCAAAGCCCGAAACCCCUGCCGCUGAAGCCGCUUCGGAUUACGAGCGAAUCCGCCGGGAGACCAUUCGCCGGAACCAAGAGUUUCUCCAAAAGCUCGGCAUCGCCUCCGCCACCGCCAUAGCUCACAAGAACCAACACACCUCCUCCAAGCGCCGCCCCAGGCCCCCUCCCGCCUCGUCCUUCCCCCUCCGCCGUAGCUCCCGCAACAAACGCCCGCCCCACGACGCUCCGGCCACAUCGGAGGACCCCGCACCGGAACUCCCUGACCCCGGCCUCAUCGACUCCUCCGUCUUCCAGUACGUCUGCGAUGAUGAAGAAGCUCCCCUCCGGCCUGGCGCCCAUCUUGCCGAUUCUCCAUCGUGGUCUUCUCCGAUCGUGGGAUUUAGGGUUUCCGGUAAGGCGUUCCGCGAUCCUUCUCUGGCCAGGAUUUACUCCAUUGACGUGUGCUCCUCGAAGAAGGAUCGGUUCUUGGUUGCCGCCGGUGGCCACAGAGGCUUCAUAUCUGUUUAUGGAGGGGAAUGGGGUGAUUGCGAAAAGAUUAACUCCGAUGGGGAGAUGAUGGAUGGGCCUCUUAUGAGCUGGAAGGGAAGCCCGAGCUGGGUCUCGGGCGUAAAGUUUGUGGAGGAUAACCCGAUGCUGCUGGUGUCGAGUUCGAAUGAUGGUGCUCUUGUUGUUUGGGAUCUCAAGAAGCAGCCAUCUUCUUUGUCAUCCUGGUCGCCGCCUGUGGUUGCCAAAUCGACGGAACUGCACACCGGUGGGGUUUACUCCAUGGACCGGUUCAGUUGCUGGAUAGCCACGGCAUCAAAGGACUCCUCUGUUGGUGUUUCGAGGCUGACGCCGGCAGGGGAGCUGGUGGCAGAGCGGAACAUUACCGGCCACCAUUCAGGAGUCAUCAGGGGCGUUUGUUUUGGAGAUGGAAAAGAACGACUUGCCGACUGUGGAGUCGAUGGACGUAUAUGUGUCCUCGAUCCAAGGUCGCCGGAGCCUUGUGCUCUUACCAUCAAAUCACUGCACUCUACUGGUGUCAACACGGUUGAAUGGAACAAAUGGAACAAUUUCCUGAUCCUAUCAGCCGGUAGUGACCCGAUAUUGCAUCUCUACGACAUCAGAAACGCCGCUGAACCAGUUCACAGCCAACUUCAAGGUCAUGUAGAAUCCAACACUGGAACUUGUUACCGUAUAUAUAGACCUUGUUUUGUAGGUGGGAAGACAAUCGCUACACCUGGACAGGGGACGAGGAAGAUAUCGCUGUUUGAUGUUGAAAAAGCAACGUUGAUCAGCCAGGGGAUACUGGGAACCGAUGCGAAUUUGAUUAUGUUUAAAGAUGACGAACAACAUCCAAGACUCUGGUCUGCUGCAAAACAAAUUAACCAAUUAUGCCCAUUGGCCCAGACUUGACUCCCUGGAAAUCUUGUCAUCUUCAUACUGGUGUCAUGCACGUAUCAGAUCUUUUGUCUUAAUAUAGAGUUUGUGCCAGGAUCAUUAAUCUUUUGUGAUUUCAACAACUCUUAUGGUAAGUUCGGUGCAAACAUGGGAAUAUACAGGUUCUGCUCUUGCUCCUCA